AUGGCUGGCAUGCCUAGUUCUCAGCCAUCCGGUAGGAGUGUAUGGCUGAGGUUAGCCUCAACCAAAGUUCUGGAAGCUCAGAGCGCCGAUGGGAAGCUGCUUCUCACCGCGGACGACUUUGGGACGCUCAAGCUAUUCCACUGCCCGUGCGUCGUCGAGGAUGCGCCGUACCGCGCCGCGACGGGCCACUGCUCACACCUCUCUUGCGCGCGGUUUCUGCGCGGCGACGGCCAUUGUGUGUCUUCGGGCGGCAGCGACCGCACCGUGAUGCUGUGGCAGCUCUGCAACGCGGCAGGGGAGGGAGACUCCUUUCGGUGUUGCCGCGCAUCGUGCAAGGUGGCGCCGGGCAAGGAUGACGCGGCGGGAACGGCGGAGUCCAGCUUCAGCAUCAAGGCUUGGGCAGCGGCCGCGGCGGCUCAGAGCCGUGCCCGGCUAGAGCAUCUCGAACCGGACCAGCGCAACUUUUCGUAUGCGUCGCUCGACGACGUCGUGCUCAAGGCGUGCGCAACGGAUUGGUCGGCUCUGCGGCUGAUCCUCUUUGGCUGGGGCUCGAACUUGCUUGCCCUGAUCGCGAUGAGCUUCACCUUUGCGGCCUACGGGUGUGAGUUGUUUGAGCCCGCGAAUUUCGCAUCCGUCGACACGGAGGGGAUGAGUUGGUCGGAGGGCGCAACCGAGUACGCCCUCCUCUCGAACAUCACCUUGGCGGAGCAGCUUGCCAGAGGGGAUUUUGGCAUCGCGUGGGCUUUGUCUGCCUUCCAGCGUUUCGUGCUGCACGAGCCGACGCUCAUCCUUGCGGCCAAGGGUUUGCCCGUCCUCUUUGCGAGCGCGUUCUACAUGAACUGCUGCGGCGAGACCAUCGUCAACCUGCUGACCGUCGGCUUCUCGGUCUGCAUGGCCUUUUGUGCCGAGUUGACGAGAGGCUGA